ACGCCUUGUUUCUCUUGCAUUUUUACCAACAGGCAGGUCAGAGCAAAGUCCACAAUCAGUCCAAAACAUGGCUUUGAGAACUGUCGGACAACGUUUUAUCAAUGGACUGACACAGUGUACAACACAAAUAUGCUUCCAAGAGGCUAAAAGUCUUCGCCAAACCGUCGUGGCACGUCAUAUCUUUGGUUCUAGGACAGGGUUUAGAGCGGAAAGCUUCUCUUCUCAAGCUCAAACUGUUGGUAACAAUGACCUUAAUGACAGCAGUCUAUAUUCUCUUGUCAAUGUCAAAGUUAAAGGGAAUGAUGAAGCAGUACUCAAAAGCUACACACACUUUGUAACCAGGGCAGCCAAUAUCCUUAAUAUAGAUAUAUCUAAAAGAAUCCUUUUACCAACACGAAAGGAGAGAUACACCCUUCUAAAAUCUCCUCAUAUUUACAAGAAACACAGAGCACAAUACGAAAUACGAACACAUGCAAGAUUACUGCAGUUGAAGAAUUUAACAUCUGAUACAUCCGAUGUGUUCCUGGAAUACAUUCAGCGUAAUUUACCAGAAGGAGUAAGCAUGAGUGUAGAGCACACAGCAUUAGAAGGCAUGCCAGAUUACUUACAACCACCACUGGAAGCGCUAGAGUUUUUGAAAAGACAAGCUAAUGAAGGCAACCAACUGACAGAGACAAGCUAGCAAUGGAGAAAAGAUUGUAUUUGUAAAUUAUUUUAAACAUGGAAUGUUAAUAAAAAUAUCAUUGAUCUGGAUA